AUGGUCGAAUGCCCGAUUUGCGGUAAACCAGUCAAACCACGGGAUAUCAACAGCCACAUCGAUUCAGACUGCGUCUCCUUCAUUGAUACAGGCGAAUCCACCCAGCACAAUGGAUCGUCGUCCCAGAAUCCGACUGCCUCACAAAAACCCUCUGUCUCGAGCUUCUUUCAGACCCCGGCGGCGAAACGGGCUGCAUCUUAUCCGACUCCAAAAGCAGAUUCUGGAACGAAGUUGAGCUUUCACCAGAAGCAGACCAAUUCGAGCUCUCCGGCUCAACCACCACAACGCAAGAGAUCAUUCGAAGAUGUCGACCCUAGCCCUCCGGUCAAGCAGGAAGGAGAUAGCUUCGAAGGAAAUUCGGAUGAACCAGCUACAAAAAAGACGAAGGCAAACGCAUUCCAAAAAGCCGCCCCGUUAGCAGAACGAAUGCGACCACGGACACUAGAUGAGGUCUGCGGACAAGAGCUUGUUGGACCCCACGGCGUGCUGCGGAGUCUGAUCGAGCAGGAUCGUGUACCAUCUAUGAUUUUGUGGGGCGGCGCCGGCACGGGGAAGACUACAAUAGCACGAUGUAUAGCUUCCAUGGUUGGAAGCAGAUUCGUGGAGAUCAACAGCACAAGUUCUGGAGUUGCAGAAUGCAAGAAGAUAUUCGCAGAGGCACGAGGGGAACUUGGGUUGACUGGCCGGAAGACAAUAAUUUUCUGCGACGAGAUACAUAGGUUCUCGAAAUCCCAGCAAGACGUCUUCUUGGGGCCUGUAGAAUCGGGGCAAGUUACAUUGAUUGGAGCUACGACAGAAAACCCUUCCUUCAAGGUCCAGAACGCAUUACUGUCACGAUGCCGAACGUUCACACUCCAGAAGUUGACAGACGAGGACAUACUCCAGAUAUUAGAGAGAGCUCUAGCGAUGGAGGGCCCCAACUACACUCCAUCGGAUCUUGUUGAUUCUGAACUCUUAAAGUACCUCGCAUCUUUCUCUGAUGGUGAUGCUCGCACAGCUCUCAACCUUCUCGAGCUGGCUAUGGGGUUAUCAACGCGACCUUCAAUCACAAAAGCCGAUAUCAAAGAGUCUCUGACCAAGACCCUUGUCUAUGAUCGGGCUGGAGACCAACACUACGAUACCAUUUCUGCUUUCCAUAAGUCAGUAAGGGGCAGCGAUCCCGAUGCUGCUCUCUAUUACUUGGCCCGGAUGCUGCAGUCAGGCGAAGACCCCUUAUAUAUAGCAAGACGGAUGAUCGUCAUUGCCUCAGAAGAUGUCGGACUUGCAGACAAUAGCAUGCUAACCCUAGCAACUAGUACAUAUGCAGCAGCAGAGAAAAUCGGCAUGCCAGAGUGCCGGAUUUCAAUGGCUCACUGCACAGUUGCGUUGUGCCUGGCCCCGAAAAGUACGAGGGCAUAUCGUGGCUUGAAUAAUGCUUUUGCUGCGUUGAAAGAACCUGGUGUGGCAUCUCUGCCCAUUCCAAUCCAUCUAAGGAAUGCACCUACAAAGUUGAUGAAGGAAUUAGGAUAUGGUGAUCAAUAUAAGUAUAAUCCUAAUUACAAGGAGGGUAGGGUAGUUCAGGAGUACCUACCCGAACAAUUGAAGGGGAGGAGGUUCUUGGAAGAUAGAGAUUUGGGCACAGAAAUUGAUCCCGGGGCUUGGCCUUGA